AUGAGUGCCAUUCUCAUGAUCGAAACCUUUCCCCCUUCAAGGAAAAUGCUUUGGGAAAUGCAGAGACAGUUAGCCUCCUUUUUUGAGAGAAAGGAGGCAGAAACUAGUAAAAUAGAAGGAAGGAUAGGUGGCUGCCUAUUAAGAGAACUAGGCAGUCCCCCUGCUCCUACUCCGCUUUUUUCGGCCUUUGAGUCUACUUCUAGUAGCCGAUGCAUUAGAGAACGUGAUUAUGUUCCUCAUGAAAGGGCGUCUAGGAGAGACGAAUUUGACAGAGAAGUGAAAACUACAGCACCACGACGGUACUGUGUACGGCCAAAUUCUGGUUUGGUGGAGCCCCAUGGGGCAGUUAGCGUUGCGGUUAUGCUUCAGCCUUUUGAUUAUGAUCCACAUGAGAAGAACAAACACAAGUUUAUGGUGCAAAGUCUGUUUGCCCCAGAAGGAGAAGUUAAUUUAGAUGGGCUGUUUAAAGAAGCUGAUCAGAGCCAGUUGAUGGACUCCAAACUUAGGUGUGUAUUCGAGUUGCCAAUGGAUGCGCCACAACAGAAUAAUCUUGAUGCAUUGCCCACGCCACAGCCACAAGUCGAAGUUCCCAAACCAUCGCCAAAGGCUAAUAACAUUGAGGCAGAGCUCAAGAAGGCAGGUGAAGAAAUCAAAAGGCUUCGGGAAGAAAUAAGUUCGCUUCGUCAAGAUAACCUUCAACUAAAGGAGGAUUCCAUUAGGCAGCGUUCAUCACAAGUUCCCAGUGAGAAAAGGAAUGUCGUGUCUAGUGUUAUUCCCCAGCAGGAGACUCAACAGGCUAAUCCUAUGAUGCAUUUGGUUGCUGCAUUUAUUAUUGCCUUGGUGGGCUAUAUCUUGGGCAAGUUCAUACUUUGAAGAACUCCUUGCACUCCAUCCCAGGAAGAAUAGGUAGCAAUCGGCAAAUUUUCUACCAACAUCAGCUGUCCUCCUAUGAUAAAAAUGGAGGAUGAAGAUUACCCAAGUUUGGGUGAACAGUUGCUAGCUGGGUAUAAAAU